UCGACCAUGGUGGCCGGGACCCGCUGUCUUCUAGCGUUGCUGCUUCCCCAGGUCCUCCUGGGCGGCGCGGCUGGCCUCGUUCCGGAGCUGGGCCGCAGGAAGUUCGCGGCGUCGUCGUCGGGCCGCCCCUCAUCCCAGCCCUCUGACGAGGUCCUGAGCGAGUUCGAGUUGCGGCUGCUCAGCAUGUUCGGCCUGAAACAGAGACCCACCCCCAGCAGGGACGCCGUGGUGCCCCCCUACAUGCUAGACCUGUAUCACAGGCACUCGGGUCAGCCGGGCUCACCCGCCCCAGACCACCGGUUGGAGAGGGCAGCCAGCCGAGCCAACACUGUGCGCAGCUUCCACCAUGAAGAAUCUUUGGAAGAACUACCAGAAACGAGUGGGAAAACAACCCGGAGAUUCUUCUUUAAUUUAAGUUCUAUCCCCACGGAGGAGUUUAUCACCUCAGCAGAGCUUCAGGUUUUUCGAGAACAGAUGCAAGAUGCUUUAGGAAACAAUAGCAGUUUCCAUCACCGAAUUAAUAUUUAUGAAAUCAUAAAACCUGCAACAGCCAACUCGAAAUUCCCCAUGACCAGACUUUUGGACACCAGGUUGGUGAAUCAGAAUGCAAGCAGAUGGGAAAGUUUUGAUGUCACCCCCGCUGUGAUGCGGUGGACUGCACAGGGACACGCCAACCAUGGAUUCGUGGUGGAAGUGACCCACUUGGAGGAGAAACAAGGUGUCUCCAAGAGACAUGUUAGGAUAAGCAGAUCUUUGCACCAAGAUGAACACAGCUGGUCACAGAUAAGGCCAUUGCUAGUAACUUUUGGCCAUGAUGGAAAAGGGCAUCCUCUCCACAAAAGAGAAAAACGUCAAGCCAAACACAAACAGCGGAAACGCCUUAAGUCCAGCUGUAAGAGACACCCUUUGUACGUGGACUUCAGUGACGUGGGGUGGAAUGACUGGAUUGUGGCUCCCCCGGGGUAUCACGCCUUUUACUGCCACGGAGAAUGCCCUUUUCCUCUGGCUGAUCAUCUGAACUCCACUAAUCACGCCAUUGUUCAGACGUUGGUCAACUCUGUUAACUCUAAGAUUCCUAAGGCGUGCUGUGUCCCGACAGAACUCAGUGCUAUCUCGAUGCUGUACCUUGACGAAAAUGAAAAGGUUGUAUUAAAGAACUAUCAGGACAUGGUUGUGGAGGGUUGUGGGUGUCGCUAGUACAGCAAAA